UCGAGUGUGACAUCAUCAAAUUACGUUAAAACAGACUUUCUUCCUUCACCUCGACGAAAAAGUACCGAAGCAAAAAGUCCCGGUCGUGCAUCAACUUGCUCUGCAAUGUCGGCAAGUUCAGAGGACACUUCCGAUUCCGGGUUUUAUCAGUUGGCCCCAGAAGUAAACACGGAAGUAACAGGGACUGAGCCCAAGACCUCUCCACGGGCCAUAAGAAGAUUGUCAGGAAUGACUGAAUCUAACGACGGUGAAGAUAUAGAUUUCUUUCUUAAAGUUGUGAGCGAGUUCCGGGAUUACGUGACUGAGAAGAUCGAAGGACUCGAAGAGCAAAACGUCGUCAACGAAAAUCGUCUUCAUGACCUACAACAAUUGUUAAAAGAAUCGGAGGAUUCCUGGACAGAAUAUGAAGUCACCCUUACGAAGGACAUCAACCACGUGGUGGCUCUACUGCACAGGCAACAAGGCAUCUUUAUGGAGAAUAUUAAGAAACAUCGAGCAAAAGGAACUGAUUUCCUGCGGGAAAAGAUGGACGUUUGUCGGCGGAACAUGAAAAUUAUUGCCGGUGUUUUAAGUUUUGCAAGAAGAGUGAAAAAUGAAAAAGACGAUACAAUAAGGGAACAAACUUUAAAGGAAUUGAAACAAAGAUUCACGAUGGCAAGCGAAAGAACGUUGCCAGAAAUUGAAGGAAUGGAUGUGACCAAGGAACGUCUAGGAUUAGAUAAACUAGACGAGAUGACAAGGAUAUUAGAAAACAUGAUGUCAGAUGAACCCAAUGAGAGUUCAAAAAAUACUCCCCGAAAUAUCGCGCCAGUUAUUCUUGCCCAAGCCUCUCGUAAUGACAUAACUAAGAAUAACGUACUGGUUCGAUGGACUGGUGAUGACGACACAGAUGACGUCACAUACGAAGUUUUUUGGGAGUUUGUUAGUGAUGGAAAAGUCGUGAAAAGAAAUGCGUACGGAAUUACAGAAACUUUCUACAUCAUCAAAGAUUUGAGUCCUAAUCAUGACAUCACAGUACAAAUACAGAAACAUCAUCCGGAAUUUUCAACUCAGCUUAGCCAAUCAGCAAUCUUUAAAACAUUGCCACAACCAGCAAAGUUCAAGUUAGACUCAGACACCGCAAAUUCCAAACUUCAGAUUUCUCCUGACCAAUAUAGUGUUCACUUUCCCGGAGAAGACAAAGGUGUAAUACAAAAGUCACCUACGAGAUUCACCUUCGCUCUAAACGUCUUGGGGAACAUUUCUUUUUAUACCGGGAGGCAUUACUGGGAAGUACUUGUCAACAAAGAUGGCUGGGCAGUCGGAGUAGCGUAUCGUAACGUACCGAGGAACAGCUGGUUAGGAAGCAACGACUCUUCAUGGAUUCUUCAUUACAAUCCGACCAAGCGAGAAUACAAGGCAAGGCACGCAGGAGAAUCAGCUGAUGUUAAAUUACCAAGGAAAAAAAUUGGAGAAGACAUCGCCAGAGUAGGAAUAUUUAUUGACUACGAAGCAGGUAUCAUUUCCUUUAUCGACUGCCAUAUGCGAGACGUUCUUUAUACUUAUCACACAGCAGGAUUUGAAGAACCGAUCUGCGCUGCCGUCAACCCAUUUUAUCAUGGAGGAGUUCUAACUGUGAUCACGGGGCUGGAGAUACCAAACAUUGACUUCAACGUUUAAGCUUUACUUGACUACUGACAUUCAAAAGAUGACGCUGUUCUUGUGGUGGUCGGAUACGCUGUAGAGCAAAAACUUAUUCAAAUCUUUUUAGUUAUUAGCGUAUGUUUACAAAACUAAAUUUAGCGCUAAAUUUACAAGGUUACCGAAAUUUGGAUGCGUUUUUAUCGUUAUCGGUUUUACAAAAUCACGGAUCGUGUAGAGUGUUUGACUCUCUGCACUACCAAUAUUGUUCAACGCACCUCACUAUCAUCACAAUUGUUUCACGGUAGCCAUUUAUGCAUCACAAUACUCUACACUAGCCAUGUUAAGGUCAUUGAGGAACAGCGUUUGUAGCGCUCAAAGUCGACUGAACUUGAAGUCUGUUUUUCAAAUAUUUUGUCAAUGGUACUAUCGCUAAAUUGAAUCGAUUUAUGGGAGCGUUUAGUAUAGUAAACUGUAUUAGUCUGUUAUUGGUCAGCCGCUAAUUUUUUGAUCUAUUUUCUAGGAUUCUCUUUAUCUUAGGCUAGGACAAUUAAGGUUACCGUUAGGUUAUAAUCUCACUACUAAUUUUGGGUAUUAUGUAGUUUCCCGUGAUGUGACGUCGUAGUGACGUAGUAUUUGAAUGGCGCAGUCUGUUGAUGGUUAGGAAUAACAUAUGCAAAAAUGGUUAUGACAAGUCCGCGAGAAGUACUUGUGGUACCAAACUACACUAUACCCUACUACUGUUUUUCAUAUCUUUGUUUCUGUUUGCCUUCGAUUAGAUGGCGAUGAAUAAGUUUAUGUUAUUGGUCUUAUGUUAAGAUAAGUUGAAACGCGGGGCGCUAAUUAACUCAUACGAACCUAAGACAAUCAGAAUCAAAGGAAACAUUAAGAAACUAGUGGACGGGCCUACUAAAUUCUAGCCUAGUACAGUACGAUAUCACCACAAUCUAACACAAGUAAACGAGAGCUCAAAAUAGCCUUUCCGGCACUUGCCCGUUUAUUAGAUUAUUCAGACAGUACAGUCUUCAAUUUUUCCUGGUGGCGUGAAGCAUUCGGAUGAUAACUUAUAGAAAAGGGGACUAAAGAGCAAGAGGUCAUUUCUCUGAUAUAUGAACUUAUUACACGCUUGGCGCUCAUAACUUAUUUUACUUGUGUAUCUUUGUGCAAUUUGUGAUAUUUAUUCUUUUAUUGUACCGUUUGUAUUUUAUUUUUGUUAUCUAAAAUGCAGUUUUGUUAGUUUGCACGGUUGGUUAGAUUGCUAGGUACUUUUCUGCAUCAUUUUUAUGUUUUGUCCGGUAAUUUUACUCGAUUACAAAGACAUCAGGCAUGUGAGUAUUAUUAUUAUUAUUAGUCUAGUCCACUUGAAUUCGAUGAUGCGUGUUGGGCAGCAUAUUCUCAUCUAGAUAUAGAAGUUCUGAUUCUGCAUAUUAUGCUCGAAUUGUUUUAAGGUAGAUUAGACCGCUUUGAUCUGUUUAUUGGAUCUAUUAUUUUCAAAUCUUUAUUACGAUAAUACAAUCCUUCUGUGGUGGACUAUAUAAUUAUGGCGUACGAAUAUAGAGGUUAAAUUAGUGUG